CGAUCACUUGAUCUAGAAGAUUAUUCCAUACUUUUGCAGCUCCAAACAUGAAGGUUUUUGUUAUCAAAUUCUAUGUUGGAAAGUGUGAACCUGUUUUUAGAAGCUCCUCCUGUUUGGUGAUUAUGUGAAUCCUUUUCCAUUAACCUUAAUUCAUGCCAGGGUGCUUUUUAGGUCAGGACUCAAGUGGUAAAGACUGCUUCGAAUCAGGUUCUGAAGUAUCAACUCAUGGAAAAACUGACAAUGUCGAAUUAACAAGCGAGGCAGUGGAGCAUAUUCAUCUUGACCAAUCUAAAUCGUACAAUGUUUUUCAAAACAAAUAUCUGGAUGGGUCGAACAUUGAUUUUUCUGACAAGUUAUCACAUGGACACAAAGGAGGUUAUGAGUCAAAAUCAGUCUUUGAAAUAAUUGGGGAGCAAGUUGCUAAAGAAACACCACAACAAAAAUAUCACCGACUUCAAUUUGAACUUACACAAUUGGCAGAGGAAGUAGAACAAAUAAAAGACUCUGUAUCAUCCGCUGAUAAAGAAACAACCCCGGUGGAGCUUUCUCAACAAGUGAAAUCUCUCCAAAAACAGCUUCAUGAUCUACACUUAGAGAAAAUCCUUGGAACAGAGGCUUUAGCAACAGGUGGUAUUCAGUUUGGUACUUGGACAAAACAAAUCUUGAAUCAACUACAAGCUUUCAAAGCAAACACAACAGCUGGAAAAGAUGGUCAAAACCAGGACAAUAUAGUUUAUAAAAUGUACUACAAACCAGAACACACUAAAUUCGCGCAAGCAGCCAAGAUUAGUGAACUCGAGGGGAAGAUAAAGCAGUUGGAAGAUUAUAUUGGCAAAGAUACGCAAAAACUUCAAUCAGUGAUCAGCGACCCAACCUUAAAUGCAACAACACUCAUGGAUGCCACAGCUUCCAUGCAAGCCAAAUUGACUUUAUUUGACGUUGCACAUAUUGAAGAAAUUGCCGCAAGGUUACAGGGUCUUCUUCACUGUAUAAACGAAAUUUCUCAAAAGAAAAGUGCAAUCGAAGAUGUAAAUAAACAGACUAAAAUAGCAGAAUUACAUACUCUUAUCACAAGUUGGGACAGUGUGGCUACAAUUGUUCCUGACCUGAUCGAACGUUUAAAAGCUUUGCAACCUUUGAACGAACAAGCCACGUCUUUCUCACAAUCGUUGGAACAUUUAAACACAACUCAAGCGGACAUUCGUGAUCAGCUUCGUUCACAAAAAGAAAUGCUAGAAAAGUUUGAGAAAAGUUUUGCGGAGAAUGUCACUUCCAUCCAAGAAAACUGUGUAUCGCUAGAAACUCGAAUAACCAAUGUAAUGAAAAAAGUGGGAACAUAAAACAGUGCGAAAGAAAUUAUCAUUAAGCUGAUUCUGUUCGCUGCCAUAAAAAAUCGCUUGCAUACGAACGGCAUAUAUUUGUAUUUCGUACUUUGUCAAUACGAAGAGAUUUGAAAAAAUUUUCCCUUUAAAUUUAAUCUCGCUUUUCGUAAUAGAAAAACACUUCACUCAUUUGAUAAACCUUUAGUUGAGAUGGAGAAAUGUUUUUUAUGAAUUAUUUAUUUUAGUAAAUAUAGGUAUAAAUCAAUAUACAAAAAGAAUUCUUUCUUAUUAUAUGAUUUAUUUUUAAUAAUAUUGAUAUGAAAUCGUGAAUUUGACACACAUUCUUCGCACAUUAGCCUUAUUCUGUCUGGGUUUACUAGUGCGUCACAAAGAAAUAAAAUGGUAGCAACAAAUUGUUCCUGAUGUCAGCACCUUUUUCUGCGAAGUUAUUAAAAACAUAAAAUUUAUCCAAAAUACUAAUAUCGGAGUUUAUAAACGAUCCGGGAUCGAAAAGGGUCAAGAUUGUUGUUGUUGGUUGUAUUUUGACCCUAGAUUUCCUUUAUUCUGGAAAGAGAUUGAAAUACGGCGAGUA